AUGCUUUCGAGAUCAGCCCGACUGCACAUGCUCAAGCGGCCGAGUGCGGUACCUUAUGCUGCCGUUCGCUGCUACGCUGUUCCGGUCAACCCCUCAAGCUCGGUCGAUGCGCUGCUCGGCACGUCCGUACCGCCACCGCCUAGAGAGGGUCAGGGGUUCGGCUCAGCACAGGGCACUCACAACCCGUCUUCUCGAUUCGGGGCCAAGAACCCGAACGAUAUCUCGGAGCUGCUUCGUGGCAAUCGUCCAUGGGACCCAACCAACGGACGCUCCAGUGGCAGCAACAGCGGCGGCAACAACAGCAGCAGCAGCAACUCGGGUGCUCGCCAUGCCGAAUUGCAACGCAUCAAAGGAACCGCGAUUGGCGCCGAGCGCAAAGGCAUCCCCAUCCCUUCACGGGACGAAAUGCUAGAGGAAAUGUUCAAGCGUCCCAUGCGAGAGCUCCAAGACCGACGUGGGAUCGUGGAUCGCGAGCAUCCCCACCCCAUCGAUGCGCUGUAUGGACGCAACGAGUUGGACGAGCGCGUCCUGGCGGCUGCACGCGCUCUGCACGCCGCUUCGGCCAACCCACACCCACGAGCUGCUGGUGCGGCUGAUACGUACAAGGCUGCGACGAUCUCGCACUUGCUGGAACGCUUCGAGUCGAGGGCUGGCUACCAGCUGUCUAUCGAGCUGCCUUACGAACCCACUCCCACUCACGAGCGCAAAGUGCCGCUCACCUCGGCGCAUAGCUCGGAGGCCGAACUGCAAGUUGCCAAUGAUGACGGAGUGUUGCUUCUUGCCUAUGUUUCCAACUUGACGGGAGAGAGGGGCACGGAACGCAUCAGUGUCUGUUCAGGGUUUGCGGUGGAGGGAGGAGACAAAAUCUCGGCAGAGGAUGGUGACGGCAAGGGAGCGCUUGUGAUAUCUUGCGCACACACUUUGCGUGCUUCGCUGCCGUCCAAGAGUGCGUCUGAAUCCCAGUCCGCUGGGUCGGGCUCGGAUGAGGGCCCUCCAUCGGACAGCAUUGCUCUGGCCAUUACUCGUACUGGCGCCAUCUAUCCCGUGCGCAACCUCAUCAGUAGUCUGGCGGCCUCGGACGUCAUUUUGCUGCAGCUCGGCAGCACGGCUCUCUCGCUCAACGGCUCCUCUGCCGCCACUCAGCCAGUCCGCACUCUUCCUGUCUCGCCCUACCCGGCGCACGUCAACAGCGAGCUGUCCGUCUCGUCGUUCUGGGGCUGGGAGGACGACUCGGGCGCCAUCCUGCCCGCCUACACGUACGACCCGCAGCAGCAGAGUCUCGGUGUUGCCGCCGCGACCACCGCCCCCACGGGCAGGGACAAGGCGCGCGUCAAGCUCGAACGCGACGACGCGGGCCGCAGCCGGUGGGGCCGUGCGAGGCUGGUCGAGUACAAGGACCCGUGUGGAGCCAGUGCGAUGGUGGGCACGUACGACGAGCUGGCGCAGCUCGACUACAAGCUGUUGGUCUCCUCGCCGGCCAACCCGCCGGCGUUGCAGGGUGGCCAUGCGCUCAGGCUGUCGAGCACGGUCUCUGAGGCCACGCGGCCCGCGGCGGCGGCGUUCGGCGAGGGCACUGUUGCGACGGCGAAAGCGGCCGAGCUGAUGCAGGGCACCCGCAAGCCGCUGCCCAACUUCCCACCACCGGGCUCGUCCGGUGGGCCCGUGGUGGACGUCGAGACCGGUAGUGUGGUGGGGGUUGUGCGCGGGCAUAAGAUGAGUGCGUUGGAGGGGAGGAGGGGCGAUGCUGUGCCUGCCGAGAAGGUUUUCGAGUUCUUUGCCUUGCCUGGAUUGGGAAGGAAGAACUAA